GAAAGUUGCAAGAAGACGCACAGAUUUUUAUACCGAGAUGAAAGACGAAGCUCCACCGAUCAGCAUCAACUACUAGUACAUCGCUAGCUCCACUCCUCAAUACUAUUACUACUUCUAGUAGGACCUUGUUUAAUACCACUUCACUGCGAGGGAGACUUCGGCACAACUUCGUCAAGGACAUCAGUUUGACUUUGAAAGAAGAAAAAAAGAGGACCUUUACAACUUCCCCACUUUGACCUUACAUCAAAUUUAAUACAGACCCAUUACCACUUCACUACGGACUUCCCACCAUCAUGUCGUCGUCUACGCAAGCGCCGCUUCCGCGAGGCAGACAUGACUUGAAGAGCCGAAACACGACGACGACGUCGUCUAGCCGAAAAAUGACUAUCUACGUUUUCGAUGAGACCACUGGCGGAAGCCGGAACUUCACGUGCAGACAGGACGUCCUACUACAGCACAUGAAGUACUCCCUUCUACAAUUAAUUAUGGGUUGUUGAAACAUCUCAUGUUUCCACGCUUUUCUCCCUGACCAUUACGGGUUGUUGUUGAAACAUGUCACUUCAUCUUUUACUAACACGCUUUUCUCCCUGACCAUUAUGGGUUGUUGUUGAAACAUGUCACUUCAUCUUUUACUAACACGCUUUUCUCCCUGACCAUUGCUCUCUAAAAAUGAAAUGCUUCAUACAGAUACAGCACAUGAAGUACUUACUGCAUCUGAUGAAAGUGGAGAAGCACUUCUUGAAACUUGAGUACUAGGGUUGAUCGAUCAACUCUCAACUUUCAAGCGGCUGCUCUAGUAGCUCUACGUCUACUUCUCCACGUGAUCUUUUACGUAUGGUCUUUUCGACCAGAACUCCUAUUUUUGUAGAGAGUCGUCGCCUAUGAUAUGAUCUUCCAGGACCACGUGCAUAUGACUUUUUCAAGAGAGGAAAAAGCCAUAGAAGAUAAUGUCCGAGAGAGAUAGGUGAACAUCUUCUGCAAGCGCCUGUUCUUGACUAUAAUCAUGUUAAAGUUGUACAACAAGUGUCUUCUAUCUUGAUUACGUACAACAAAUCGUUACUGUCUGGAUCGAGUUUAGCGAGUAGCAAAACUGGUGCGAACACAUUGUCUAGGUAUUUCCGGUCGUAUUUGUCGGAGUCCUCAGCGUCCGACGAUGUGGAGAUCAGCGUGCACUGCGAUGUCGGAGUCUUCGCGUGGCUGGUGCGCUAUAUGGACAAUUUAUGAGUAGUUCUAAGUUAGCAGCUCCCUUUGGCCACUUUACUCCGUUAUUUCAGUUUUUCGAAUAGUAAUGUAGAAGUAGUAAUUCUAGAAGUAGCUCCCCAUAAAUUUUAGGAAAAUUAGUAGAAGUAGUAAUUCUAGAAGUAGCUCCCCAUUCAAAUGGUUCGUCAUUCUUCAUUAUGCUAUGCAACUUGUUGCACAUGGAGCCCUUUGUUUCAUCAUGCACACUCACAUUGUUCUUUUGUAGCAAGUAGUAGAGUUCUAAAGAAACCAGCAUACAUAUCGAAAUUGAGUGCGAGCACGGUGGUCUCCAUCUUGAUCAGUGCGCAGUUCCUCCAGAUGGACGCAUUGGUGGAAAAAUGCAUGGAUUUUCUGCAGACAGAGGGCCUCGAUAAAGUUUUGGCACUGCCCAUCGAUCUCAGCUGUCUUACAGUUAAGGGUUAACCAAUUACAUCCCCCACAACCAUUCCUCCCUCUUUUUCCAGUAGGAAAGAGGUGAGGGAUGUUCUGAAGAAUGUAAUUCUGCAACCUCUAAUACAGACGGUCUCUUAGAGCGAUUGGCAGACCGUGUGGGACCUGAAUCGCUGGAAGGGAUACACGAUCCAGAGGAUAAGCUCAUCUCCAAGUUAUACGAUCGCCAUUUGACUUUAUGAAGAAGAGAAUUCGACUUUCAAUGAAUCACUACCCGUGGUCGAGUGAGAAAUUUAAUGUGAAAGGACAAGAACAAGAUAGAACCGUACUUGAAUGGUUCUGGUAUUUUUGGUAUAGCCUGAUUGAAUUUGAUCCUAAGGGUUCUCUUCUUGUUUUCCCUUAUGAUCAAAUUCAGGCUAUACCAAAAAUACCGGAACCAUUCAAAUUCGACUCAUGAUAAUGUGAAAGGACAAGAAGAUAGAACCGUACUGUUAAAAAAAAUUUUUGUAAGUCAUCUAGUAGAUCUGCGCUACUCUAUCCUUUACCUACAGUCAUUUCCUUUAUACUUUUGUUUCCUUAGUAAUGAUAUUGUAUGUCAUCUAGUAGAAGUGGAAGGGCUGGAUUAGGAUCUUAGUAUUGUACGUCUAGGAGGUUCUUGUGGAAGUGCUGGAUCAUUGAGGGUCUAUUCUACCAACCGUAGGAACGACGUAUUCCAAGAAUUACAACCGUAGUUCUUGUAUGAAAGUAGCAGUAUGGAAAUGGACUUUAACUCCUGUACUACUUACUAGAGUUGUCACCAACAAGCACCAUCAUGCUAAUCCAGAACCUUUCAACUGAAAGACAGCACUAUAAUUCUUGGCUUCCAUUUAGAUCGUCGUAUUUCUUUCAUUGCUCCGUCUUUUGGCGAACUCCGAAGAGCUGCAUCGGUGUGUCUUCUGCCGUGCCUUGUUUUUUCCGAGUUGCCUUCAGACCUCCGGAAACAAUUCGCGUAGUAGUACUUAUGGUUUUUAGAAGGUAUUUGAUCAUGUGGCUGAACUUGUUUGUUUAUCAAUCUGAAGAAAUCAAAGGAGGAUCCUGCUACUUUAUUUACGUGGGCUUGUUCAUCUUCAUGCGUUCAAGGAGAUAAACAAGAUGAAAUAGAUAAACUAGAAGAAUUAGUUCAAGAUGCUGAAAAUUAUCAUGAGGUUUUUUGAAAACAACUACAAGGGUUGAAGCAAGAUAGGUUGAAUUUUAAAGUACAGCUCUUGCACCCCUGCUUAGGUCUAAAGUACAGUUGCAGCCACGAAAAAAAGGUCAAACCAAGUGAAAAAAGGAGCAGAUGCGAAAGCUAGUCGAGCUCUAUCAUCCACGCGAGUCGUGAGGAAGUCACAGACCACGUUAUGGGAGGAUUUUCUUUAGCAAUCUAUACAUAGAAUAGUAGUCCAGUACUAGAAAAACGAUUAGAUGUGAAUGCGAUUGCUAAAAUGGACCACGGGUGUCGCUCGGCUCAUAACUAGCACAAGAGACAAAGAAGUCUCUGAUCGAGGUACAACAGGACAGGAAAACUUACCAGGUCCAGUAUGAGAAAUGGUGGUGCUAACGCUAUUAAGCUGCCAUAAUUAGAAAAACAACAAGUUGAAGUUUAUGGACAGAAUUCAGUCAUAUUCUAGUGUGGGCGUCUACAAUUUUUAGACUCUCUAUUCGCAGGGCAGUCGUGACAGGAAUACAACCUACAAUCUAGUCCAUUCAUCAUCGUACUUAUAUCAUCCUUCCUCCUGCUCUCUUUUUCAUUUCCACAGCACGACUGCUAUCGUUGUCCAAAGGCGGAGCUUUUUAUCGAUUUCAAUGGGCGCGUUAUCGCACAGCACGUCACGGAUCGCGAUUUUGACAUCCAUGAGCAGUUACAUCUCCAGAAGCAACGCAUUGCACAGAUUCGACGUGCUUUUAUGUACUAAACAUGAUCUGAAUCCACAUUUUUCAAAGCGUGCUUCGAAAUGAGAAGGUAUUCAAAAGUAUUCUAAUUCUCCCUCGUCGUUGUAGAACAAGUGCUUUCCGCCACGGAUGCUAACAACCUGUACUAGUUGUAGGCCGGCUUGCACAACAAGCUAGACUUACAAUAGUAGUACAAGAUGUGCUUUCUUCGGGAUGGGGAUACAAGAUUCCUCUUGUGAGGAUGAAUGACAGAAGUAUAGUGGAUAUGAACAAGACGACAAUAUUCUGUUGACUCAACCUCCAAUCCUUGCAAUGCUGCAAAGAACGAACAACAGUCCUCAAAUAUGACCAGUGGCACUGACGGAGCAACUGUCGACGUGGUCACCUCAGCGAUUAUACCACCAGGGUUUACCAUGUCCGAUCUCUAUUACGGCGUCAUUAUGGCUAGCCUCAUGUUGUCGCGAUACAAAAGUGUACUAAUUGUGGUCUUUGGUUUUCUCUUAGGAGUACCUUAAUUAAGAUUUUAGGCAUAAGAACUAAGAGCAAUAAGGUAACCUCAGGCAUAACAACAGGCGCAAGAAAGAGGGGCCUAAAAAGAAAACUUGGCAUUAUUAUAUAAAUAUUUUUGUCUAAAGAAGCUAAAGGAUCUUGGUCUUCUUCGGUUCAAAACAUAUUUAUAUAAAUAUAAUCACAUCGGCGCUCAAAGCACUAAGUAAGACAGCCGGUUAGUUUUCACCUCGACUAAAUUAGGUUUAUCCCGAGCAACAUUAUAUAUAAUCACAUCAGGACUUUUAUGACAAAUUGCGUACCACGUACAUAAGUUUUCGAAGAAGAUAAGCUUCAUACAUAAAGAAAGAAGAAGUAGCAGUUCACCUUUCUAAUUUUUUUGGCAGUUAUGGGGACGUGUGAACAUGUUGCAUUGCUCCGUAUGCGACCAAGUUUUUCCACUUGCGGACUAUCAUCGGUGCCUCUAUCAUCCCGAGGAACCUAUCUUCCCGGAUGCAGCGGGGAAGGUGCCGAUUUUGUACAGCCUACUUAGGAAAUGUUCGAGUGUAUAAUUAGAUUAGUGUUCAUCUUAGUUAAGGAGCUAAUAAAGAUUAACUAAUUCACUAUCGUCUAGAACAACUUCUACAUUAAGUAAGUAAGUAAGUAAGUAAGUAAGUACGUGUUGUAAACUAUCGCGCCACGCAAUUGCGAAGCAAUGCAAAAAUAGUACAUUUUCUAUCCAUGUGAGUUUAAAUUGUUUACAAUUCCAAGUAAAAGCGUCUGAAAGAAUGCAAGAAUAGUCUCAUAAGCGAUCAACAUGCUGUAUCCCUAGUAUCCCCCUUUUCCUUUUAUUGAUGCUCUUUGUUUUCUAUUAGUUGUUCCUUGUUUGUUGGAAGUGUAACUACACUAUGCUUGCUCUCGCUACCUUGCUUGUUCUGCGAGCCAUAAUAUCAGUAUUAUCAUACCCCACGAUUGGGUACUACACUACUACUACUACUAAACGCAACCAGGCUGGACGCUACCCUUGUUGUGAUAUGGCUGUCCUGCGCUUCGAUUCGACAGAACAAAGGCGUGGGUGCUGCGAACGAAAGCAUCAGAUCCUGAAGGCUCUAGUCUGCGAACAUGAUGCCGAAGACCUCUGCCGGUUACUCUACAAAUUCGAGGACAAAAUCUGUCGAAAGAUAUGAUGAGUGAUCUCAGACUUAGGAUAUUGAAUUUGAAAGAUGUUUUUAGUGUUUGUACUUGUAGUACUAGUUUUUCCAGAACAAGUAAUAUUAGACCUUCUCCUGAUUGUUAUUUGAUCGUAGUUUCGCGGUUGUUCGUUUCCGUAUAAGUGCGCAAAUCUUUGUCUACGUCUAUCCACACGGCGGCACAUCAUCAAGGAAGAACACCAUCAUCAAGGAUUCUUCGAUAUGGAUUGAUCUACGUACUUACGCCUCUCUCGCUGUUUCAUAUUGGACGGAGCUGUUUCAAAAGGACGUCUUCGAGCUAGCGGAUGAGGUGCAAACCGCAGACAAGAAACGUCGAGGGUCGAAUAACAAGCUGCAAGACUAUGAUGACGAUGGGCAAAAACGAAUUAGUUCUAUUAACGCAUGUUGAUAUUGAUACUUGAUUCCGGUACGUAGAGUAUGAGUAAUACCUAGUGAUUCUGGAGGUAGACCAGCACCUAACUAGGUCGUGGCCUAAUACAGAGCUACUUUAAACGUCGCUAUGAUGAUUUUUAUUCUAAACAAUAGUUGUUUCUGCAUGUUGUAUGCUUAAUAGUGUCCCUUUCAGUCUUUUUUCAUGUUGCUGUCGCUGCGGAUGAAAUCGUCAAGCAGGGAGGAGACUAUCACGAAAACGCUACGUCGCAAUCGAGCGAGUCUGACGACGCUGACAGCGCAUUAUGACGCUCAAUUCCAACUUUCUGCUGUUACUCAAAGUUGUAAAGUAGUUUCUGUUGUACUACAGUUGUAGUUGUACCAACUUCUAGAAUCAAUAAUACAUGAUGUAACAUCAAAAGUUCUUGUUCAAGAAGGAGACAUGAUCAAAUUCAAAAGUGACUCCUGAGAUAAGCGGUUCUUUACACGUGUUCGGUGCUCCCACUUUUUAGAGAGUAGUACAGGUGGGUACACUCACAUUCUAACUCCAGACGACAGUACGCAUGUUAGUGGAGGCGAUGGCGAGGAGGAGUACGAUACUGACGAUUCGGCACCUCGGAUCACGCGGAGCCGGCUUCCGCCAGCUGGUGCUUCUGACUCUGACCGACCGGCGCCACAGUAUGCACGCACGUUGGGCGAUCGCAAGGAAGGGGAACACUGUACUACUAUUGAUCAUUUUUUACUAGUAUUAUAGUCUACGUGUACGUUGUAAUACGUACUCCAACUCCUACUCUACAGUCAAGAAAAGACUUUUAGUUUUACUAGAACAUGAACAAUCAACAUCUUUCUAUUGAAAUAAUCAAUCGACACUACAUCAGUUUAUGAUCCGCGAUGCUCUGCUGAUAAAGCCUACAUUUUUGAGGCGGUACCGGAAUAUGCCCACGUCGGACAGCACAAGGGUGCACGGUCCAAGCGAAAUCGGGGAAACAACUAAGGCUAAACUAAUCAAUCAGAAUCGUUUUUGCGGAACGGAUUUCCCUUCGAAAUCUUCAAGUGAAUAAUAUAGGGCAAGGAAGGGAAUCUACUCCACCGUCAGGGAUGAUGAUUGGCUGGCGCUAAAACAAGCGUGGAUCGAUUGCAGCGCGACCCCGUGCGCCCUCGGGCGGCAUGGCAGGUCUACAGCUUUCCCCGGGUGUGGGUACUGCUACUGAACAUGUGAUUCAUCACCAGUCUAACUAGACCCAGCACACUGAUCUAAGUAGAAUAACAACGUGAUCGGAGGUACUGUAACUACUGCUUGGAUAGAUUUGGAAGCUCUCCACGAAAUUCGCUUACCACUAGUACUUCCACUUCCUCUACUUCCUCUUCCCUCACUCACGACAAUGUCGGAAAUUCUUGAGUCUCGAUCUCUAAGAAUCACUUCUUCUCUCCACUCUAAACUUCCUCUACUUCCUCUUGAUCAACACAUCCACUAGACGCCGUAUCCUUUUUCGAUUUGCGGUUUCCUGGCAAUACCCGACGACAGAGGGACCAGAGGCUUGAUAUGCUUCGCGAGGACGACAAGAGGCGAACACGAGUGCUCCUAAUGCGGCAACGCAAGAAGGCGAAUCGCUUCGCAAAGGAGAACCCUGAGCAGGAGUCAGCAGAAGGCAAUGAGCGCACUUCCAACGUUAAGGCUAAAUACAACUAGGCAAAAAUAACCACUAUUUCAUGUCGUGCAACAUGUGGACCACUUUGCUUAGAAGACGUCAAGGGAAUGAGUUGUGCAAGUGAAUUCCCUUGAUGGAGGGAGUCAAGGGAAUGAGUGAAAGUGAAUUCCCUUGAGCGAAGAAGUCAAGGGUAAUAUAGUCCGAGUUUACAGGUACUCGAGCAGGGUCCUUGAUAGCGAUUCUUGCAUACUAGCUUUAAAAACCGUAGUGGAAUGCAGCUGCCCGCACCCCUUCGCGAUGGACACUCUUCGUUAUUAGCUAAUAACUUACUAGGGAAAAGCCUCUAUGGUACGCCAGGAGGAGCCGGUGGUGUCACAAAUAGCCUUUUUUUAAGGCUUCGUCCCCUAGCCUAAAUCAUCUACUUCACAGAUUCACUUGUUUCAGAAGCAUCUUCUUGAAGCGGUUCCUCCCAUGUGGAGAAAGAAAGCAUCUUGAAGCUGUCCCCCCUCCAUAGGGAGAAACAUAUGGAGAAAUAAGAAAGAAGUAUCCUCACAAUCACAUAUCGAGAAAGAAAGAAGCAUCUUCAGGAAGAUGAGUCGUAAGAUGGAUAAGCAUAAGGAUGAUUGAGCGCUAACUCUUGCCGGGGGAGGUGGGAGCAGUCUGGUUGGUGGCGCACCAGGUGCAACUGGUACUACUAGUGGAGGCAGUAGUACAAAGUCGAUGACGAAAAACUCUGAUAGAAAACGACGCAUGGUGAUGGGCAUGGGAGAGAUCAAACCAAAACCAGCAAGACCAAGCAGUGCCGCGGGUAGCAACGCGGGUACUAAUUCGAAUCUUACUGGAGGAAAACGGCUGCUUCGAUAGCUGCUCUACUUUUCUCCGGUGUCCGCAAGUUCUUCGGCGAGGGUUCUGUUUUGAUUUCUUCUAGAAGACUGAGGAGAUGAAGAUAGAAGUGCAAAAGAAGGAGAAGGAAAGAUCGAAAUAUGGCGACUACUUGAUAAAAUCUGAUGAGCCAUUGACAUUGUGACGUGGUACGGAGCUGCCAUGAAUGCAUAUAGAAAUUCAACCUAGUAAUUCAACCUAGUCAAAAAUCGUAUCCCCUCAUAUGGACAGCAUGAAGUUCUUACUAAUUUCGUGAUAUUGGACGAAGACGAGACAAAGACUCGCGCCACCGCUACAAAUUUUUUUCAGUAGUUUCAUUCGUGACGAGAGCACUUCUGAUGUAGAUUCAGGUGGCCAGCGCCAGUAGAAUGAGCAUGGGAGACUGGAGGAUGCGACAUUCAUACGUGAACCUCGAAAAGAUGAUGAUGCAGUC